GGUACACCAUCGGAAAAUGAACGCUCAAAACAAAACCGAUAUUACCAAAUUUAACGCCGGUGACGGGAUCUCCACAUUCCACCAAUCAAAUCCUUCCACGUCAUCAUCUCUAUCCACGUGUCCCUAUGCAAUGCCUCCUGCACCGACGCCGUCAUUUCCCUUCCCGCCCCACUCUACUUUCCGUACCGUCAACCGAUAAUAAAAAAACAAAUGAAACCGAAAAUAAAAUGCCAAAAAAAAAAAAUUCUCGUCGAAACCCUAAAUUUUUUCCUUUUUUUUCCUCUGAAAUCAUCGAGUUUUCUGGAUCUCAAAUGGAGGAAGACGAAGAGAUCCAAUCGUACCCGUCGGUUGCCGCUACCGGAUCUUCAUCGCCGUCGUCGCCGUCACCGGCGUCCAAUAGUCGUAUAACCGUAACGGUAGCCGCUGCUCCUCCUCCAAAUUCGCCACCUACGGAUGAGCCGCAUGAGCACGAGAAGGCUAUAGUGCUGGCACUUCCGCCGCCUCAGAAGCCGAAGAGCAACGGCGGUGGAAGGGAGGACUGCUGGAGCGAAGGCGCCACGGAGGUUUUGAUCGACGCGUGGGGAGAGAGGUAUUUGGAGCUCAGCCGUGGGAAUUUAAAGCAGAAACAUUGGAAAGAAGUGGCAGACAUUGUGAGUAGCAGAGAGGAUUAUACAAAAACUCCUAAGACAGAUAUACAGUGUAAGAAUCGAAUCGAUACGGUGAAGAAGAAGUAUAAGUUAGAGAAAGCUAAGGUUGCCGCCGGUGGUGGACCGAGUAAAUGGGUGUUUUUUGAGAAAUUGGAUCAACUUAUAGGGCCAACAGCGAAGGUUUCUGCUAGUACUACCGCGGCCGUUUCCGGUGGUGGUGGUAGUAGUAGUGGUGGAAGUGCUGACUUUUUGUCUAAAGUACCGAUGGGGAUUCCGGUCGGGAUCCGGUCCAGUUUGAACCCAUUUCGAGUUUCUCAGGUUCGACAACAACAACAGCAGCAACAACAACAACAACAACAAGAAAAGCAACCAAGAAUGGUUGUAUUAAAGAAUCAAAGGAAACAAGGUCCAGUGGAUAUGGAUUCCGAGGAUGACGAUGAUGACGGUGACGAUGAUGCAGAUUCGUUCGAUAGUUUACCGCCACCUCCAACCGGGAAAAGGGCAAGAAGGGUGGUUCAUAAUAAGAGUGUCAAUGCAGGUGAAAAAAGAAGAAAAUGGGGGAACUCAGUUAAGGAACUGACUCAGGCGAUAUUACGGUUCGGUGAAGCUUACGAGCAAGCGGAGACCGCAAAGCUUCAACAAGUGGUCGAAAUGGAGAAACAAAGGAUGAAAUUUGCUAAGGAGCUUGAGUUGCAGAGGAUGCAGUUUUUCAUGAAGACUCAACUAGAGAUUUCACAAUUGAAGCAAGGGAAAAAAGGUGUUGGUAUCUUCAACUCUGGAAAUCAUCAUAGUAAAGCUAAUAAUAAUAACAACAAUAACAAUAGUGAUAGUAGUAAUUAAGUUUCUUAGAAUUGGAAUUUGAUUAGGGUUUUAGAUUUCUGUGUGUUUAUUUGUGGGUAAAGAGUAAAAAAGACAUUAGAUUUGUAUUGGAAUUGGUAGUGUUUUUUUUCUUCAAGUGUAGUUUUCAUGUGUGUGUACUUUGUGCCGGUAAUUAGAUUCUUAUGAAUUAGAUUGUAAUCCAAAGAACUUUCUCUUAAAUUCAAUGUGAAUGUUGUUGCAUAUUGUCACAUGAAA